AAGCGGGAUUUGAACCACUUAAAUCUAAUUUUGUUACUGAACGAAAAUCUAUCCGUUCCAAUGUAUGUCAUGCUUGGGCUUAAGGAGUUACUCUUUAAUACGUUUUUCUACAUAAAUUUAAAGCUCAAUCUUUGAUGAUCCGUAACUUUGCGAGAUAUUUUCACCAUUAUUUUAUGUACCAGUUGCACGUCUUUUAGUAACAAAUUAUAUUCAUGUUUUUUUGCGGCAUUUUACCGCUUCUUUAACAUGAAUUUUGUAAUAAUUUUGGCUGUGUCCAUAGCUCAUCUAAUUUAAUUUAAUAACAAAUGGAUUAAGACAAAUGCGACGCAAUAAAUCAUUAAAUAUAACGUUGCCGUGGAAACAGAUUUUAUGAGCAUCAAAGUUGUAACUACAAUAAAUCUUGUUGACUACAACAUGUUUAUAUAACAUUUGCAGAUACUUAUUUCUACUGACGUUAAAUUAUCCAUACAAAUACAUACUAGUUUCUGAAAACCAUUUUAUUGAAACUCAAAAGAAAGAAAAGUUUUUUGGGUUGUGGUUUGGUUUGAAGUUUGUCCCAUCCUAUGGUAUUACCCAACAUGGAAGAUCGACAGAAAAUAUAGUCUGCGUAAUGGAUGGUUGUGAAGAUCUGGUUAAUUCUGUUUCGCGUGCCAGCGCAUGCGAAUCCUGUCAACAUAUCUUCAAUGAAAAAGAUAAGAUUAUUAAAGAUCUAAAUUUGAAGAUUGAAAGUGGAGAACACCACGUAACAACUCUUGAGGAUACUACGAAUAAUCUUCAAGAACAGAUUGUCAAUCUUAUGAAAGAAAAAGAAGCUAAAGAUGUUGAAACAAACGUUUGUCACCUUCAAAACAACAUCUCAACCCUCGAGGAUCAUCUUAAGCAUCUGGAAAAUGAGAAAAGAUGUCUCAACGAUAAGGUUAGUGAUUUUGAGCACGAAGUAGCAGGCUUGUCGCGUAUGUUUGGAAUGCAGCAAGAAAAGUUUCAGUAUGAAAUGAAAAAUCGUGAGAGAGUAAUUAAAGCAGGUGAAGAGAAAAGAGAAUGUCUGGAAAAAGAGUUGGAAGCCUGUAAAAAACAGCUGCAAAAUAAAAUCAAAGAUGACACCGACAGAAAAGAAGAUUUUGAAAAUCUUCAACUGUCUAUCAGGAAAAAAGACUUGGAAAUUUCAAAUCUUAUUCAACUGCAUGAGGACGCCAAAAAAUUAGUGAAGACACUAAAGGAAGAAGUUUUCGUGAGUAAUGAAGCUGCCAUCGAGGAGAAGAACAGGAAUAAAUUGUUAGAAAAUAAAAUGGAAAAUUACGCCACAAAUAUUGAAAUUUUGAGAAAGGAAAAUACUUCCUUAAGAAUGGAAAUAGAUAAGUUUCGCAACAAAAAUUGGAGGAUGAAUGAAGAAAAAACUCAAAUGGAAGAACAAUUAAAAAAGUUGACUUCCGAUGUGGAAACACUCAAAAUAGAAUUGAACGAAAAGCAAAACAGAUGUAUUGAAGUUGAAACAUGUAACACAAAGUUAAAUGAACAUAAGAUUGAAAAAGAGGAGAAAGUCCAGAAGUUGGAGGGGGAAAUUGAAGAAUUUCGAAAGGAGAUUGAAAAUCUGAAAAUGAAAGUUGUUCUACUUUCAGAUGAAAAACAAGCAUUGGAAAGCAAGAUAAAUGACACAAAAACAAAAUUACGAGAUUUUGUUGAAGAAAGAGAAACACUUGAAAAGGAAAUAGUGGAAUUACGAGAAUAUAGUAAGAAUUCAAAGCUUCAGUUAGAAAAAGAAACAAGCAAGGAAAAAAGAUUAGAAGAAGAAGUUCAGUCGCUUGGACGAAUCGUGCACGAUUUAAACAUUCGGAAUAAAGAGCAUUUUGACAGAUUGAAAAUAAGCGAAGAAACAUUAGAUAGAGAAACGAAAGAGAAGGAGAAGUUACAAGAUGAAGUCAAAUGUAUGGAAGAAGUCAUUAAAAAAUUGAAUUACAAGAGUAAAAAAAAUGAUGAAUGUUUUGAGGAAACUAAAAAGGAACUUGAGGCAGUGUCUGGUACAAAAGAACAUCUUUUGAUUAAUUUACGGAAACUUGAAGACGAAAACAAUAAAUUGCUCUUAAAAAUAAGUACACUUUCCGAUGAAAUACAAAACAUGCAUGACAUGUUGGAAAAGAAAGAUAAAUUGAUGGAUGAAUUACGACAAAUUGUGAAUGAAAAAUCCUCCAUCGUUUUGUGCCACGAGAGUAAAGUGGAAGAACUUCAGAAUUGUAUUAAUGAAGUUGAAGGUUUGAGAGAAAUGUCUCUUAAUGAGUUGAAUAAAACAAGGAAAGAAAUGCACCAGCUUAGAGAGGAAAAUAAACUUAUUAAUGCAAAUUAUAAAGAUACAACGAUUCAUUAUCAGGAUUGUCAACAUGAAUUGAGAAAAAAUGAAGAAUUGCUUAUAAAAAUCAAAAAGGAUUACGAAAAUCAAACAGAGGAACUAUCUCAGUUCAAAGAGCUAAAUAUAGAGCUAAACAAUUCUUUGAGAGGAUGCAAUGAUGAAAUUAGUCUACUGGUAGUUGAGAAAAGCGAACUUCAAAGGGAAGUGGAGAUUAAAAAAUGUUCCCUUGAAAACAGUUUGGGGAUGCAAUCAAGUCUGAAGCAAGAAAAUGAAUCUUUGAAAAUGCUGCUAGAAACCUUGAAAGAAAAUGAGAGUGCAAGUUUUCAUAAAUUAGCAGAGCUCAAGAAAAAGUUAGAAAUCGUUAGCAAGAAGCUUGAUGAGAAAACUGAUAAAAACAAUGAUUUAGAGAUCCAAUUAAGCAGUGCUUUUGGAAAGGCAGAGCGAUGGAAAAAGAUGAGUCUUGAAAUUAAAGAGGAGCGAAAUAAAUUUAAAGUGCAAUUAGCUGAUUUUGAUAAAGAUCUAAACGACAAAAAAUCCAAAAUAGCUGAAAAAAUGUCAUGUUUGGAAAAAGAAAAUGAAGUAUUACAAGGCGUUAUUAAAAGGUUAAAAUCAAACGAUGCAAUUUUGAGAGCUAAUGUAGAGGAACUACGUACUGAAGUUGAUAAACUAUCUGUUGAUAAUUCUGAAAAAGAAAUUGAGGUUGAAAAAUUAUCCAUAGAGAAAGAGCGGAUAGGGAAAUCCUUGCAGACAUUAGGGAACGUUUUAGAAGAAAACACGAGAUUAGAAAAAGAGAACAGUGAAAUCAUGUCUGAAAAUUUCCAAUUAGAAAAUAACAGCUCCCUUCAGGAUAAAGUAAGUAGUGUUGGACAGGAGUUUGAGCAAUUGCGUCAAGAACUGAAGUCCUUGCAAGACAAUUAUGACGUUUCACAAGGCCUUUUGAAUGAAAGUACCGGGGAAUGCAAAAAGUGGAAAAAAGAAUAUGUUGUUUGCCAAGAGAGCGUGGCGGAAUUGACCGAAGAGAAUGAAAGAUUGGCAAGGGAAAAUAUUCGACUCAAAGAAAAAGCGAAUAAACUUUUCCAAGAAAAGAGCAAUCUUGAGGAUAUCAUAGAAUCUCUGGAGACUAGUCAAACUUCAGAAAAUGAAACUCUUUGUAGAAAAAAUGCUUUAUUAGAGAAUGAGCUAGCAUCACGUCAAUGUGCUUUGAAAAAAAUCGAGGAAAAUGAAUCAAAGUUGUAUCGUGAGCUUGAAGAAAUGAAAGGAAACGUAGAGAAAACUAUAAACGAAAAUGACCAAAUAAAAGCAUCGCUAAAAAAAGCUAUCGGGGAAAAUACUCGCCUAAGAAAAAAAGCUGACGAUUUAAAUACAAAAAUCCAGCAGAUGGAGAAAGAGAAAAAUAUAGUCAUUGAUUUACAAACAGAAUUGACUGGAAAAGACAAGAUAUUGAGAAAACACAAAGAAAAUAUCAACCAGUUGAAUGAAUCCAUAUCUUUACUCACUAAUCAGCAAAAUGACUUAAAGGAUAAAUUGCAGAAGAAAGAAAUUAAAAUCAAUGAUUUGAACACUGUUAUAGAAAAAGAAAGAAUCGAUGCUACAGUCCAAUACGAUAAGAUUAUGAUAUUAGAGAAUGAAAUCCAGAUGCUUAAACAGAAGGAAUUGAAGUACACAGAUGAAUUACACAACGAGAAAGAAAACAGGAAGGAAGCAGAUGCGUCAUAUAUUAAAGUAGUUAAAGAGAGAGAUGAUCUAGCAGACGCGUUAAAAAUAACAAAAGACACAUUAACGAAGAAUAUUGGUGUUUUGAAAAAUGAAAAUCAAGAUCUUGCAAACGACGUGCUAAAUGCAAAUGAAAACAUUGAAAAAAUGAACCACUUUUGUGAGAAUUUAGAAAAUAGAAUAGUGGAACUGGAAGACGAGAACAAGUUUCUAGAAGAGAUAAAACAUCAACUAGAUGAAAACGUAAAAAAGAAAUUUGAUGAGAUCAAUAAUCUUACUGUGGAAAUAAACACAUUGAAAGAUGAAAAUAUACGUUUGCAAGAACAUGCUGAGAAUGUCGACAAAAUCUUAACUUUGCAAAAUCCUGCUGCAUUAAACCAGGUAAUUAAAAAUGACAUAAAGAUUUUGUAUGACAAAUUGAGCGAACCCCAAAGUAGUGGUGAAUUAAAAAGUAUUGAAAUUAAAGAACUUCGAAGGAAAUUGUCGAAUGUCAAUGAAAUCAAACUAAAUGCAGAAAUGAGUCUUAUUGACAGUCGCCAAGAACAGGAAAGACUUCAGAGUCAAAAUCUUCGACUGCAAGAUAAUUACACAAGACUUCAAAAUCUCGUAAAGCAGGAAGUAGCAUUGAAAAUGGAAAAAGAAGAAACAGAAAACAGGAUCAGUGAAUGUAAGGAGACGAUUGAGCAAUUUAAGUCUUUAAAGGAAGAACUUUUGGCUUCAGUCGAGAAGCUCACUCGUUUGAAAGAAGAAGGAUUGAUCGAUGUUAAAACACUUUCUGAGAAAAAUGAAAAAUUGUUAUCAGAAAAAAAUAGUCUUAUCGACCUGGUUUCUUUUCAUAAUGAAGAAAUAGAAAAGGUAAAAAAUGAUAAGAAUGGGGUUAUUUCUGAAUUGAAAUCAAAAACUCAAGAAAAAGAUAACGAAAUUAAUCAGCUAAAAGAUGAGAUCAAAGGAAAGAAUGAAGAUAAUUGUAGAUUGAAUAAAGCACAAAAUGAUCUUCAAGAAAGUUUGCAAAAAAUUAAAGAAGAAAUAAACGACCUUGAGAAUGAAAAUGAAGAUCUCUUGUUUGAGCUUGAUGAACUGAAAGGUGCUAAUCAAAAAGCGAAAGAUGUUCUUUGUUCAGUGCAGGGUGAAAACAGUGCUUUUCAAGAUGAGUUGAAGGAUAAAGAAAAAUCUUGGAACGAAGAAAAAGAAUUAUUUUCGAUGAAUUUAUGCGAGAUAAGAAGUAAGAGCGUUAAAUUAAAUGAUCAAUUGACUCUUGCAAAUGAAAGAAAUGUUAAACUCAGAGAAUUAGAAAAAGUAUUAAGCGAUGGAAGUUCAUGUAAACAGCAAGAAGAAAAUGGAUCGUAUUUUGAAAGAAAAGAAGAAGAACAUGAAGAAGAUCGUCAUAAUUUUGAGAAAGUCAAAGAAACAUUGAAUUUAGAAAUUUACAACCAACUGACAUCAAUAAAGGAUUUCAUGGUCGCAUCUGAACUCGACUUGAAAUCUUUGAAAUCUGAGUAUUUUGAUCUCAAAAAAAAGUUCAACGCGCAUAAAAUAUUGUACGAUGAACUUAAUAAUAAGUACGAGGAGUUGCAGGAUGAAUAUUCUGUUCUGUUAUUUAGUCGUGAUGAAGCGCUUUGUAAAGUUACUGAACUUGCAGAAUCUUUAUUAAAUGCAGAGGCAAACUUGGAAACAUGGAAAACGUCACAGGUCGAGGAAGACUUGAAAAUAUCGCAGGAGCUGCAAAAGAUGCAGAGAGAAUUGACCAUGGCCUGUGAAAGAUUUAAAGCCAGCUGCUUUGAAGUUAGUUGCUUAAAAGAAACUAUUAUAAGGAAAGACAAAUAUAUUGCGGAAUUUGAAAAAUCAAUGAAGGAUUCAGCGUGUCGAGAUAGAUUUCAUCAAAUCAAAAUUAAAGAGCUGGAAGCAAAGAAUGAAGUAAUUGAGAAUUUAAAUAAAAAAUAUGAGAUUGAUAAAAACGAACAUAAUAGAAAAAUAGAAGAACUAAUGCAAGACUUAAAACGCCAAGAAUUAACAAUGGAGAAAGAAAUAACGAGGAAAAAAUGCAUUCAAACCGAAAAAGCAAAACUAAAUCAACAACUUGAGCAUUCAAACAAAUAUUGUAGCGAGGCGACCAAUGUCAUACAUGAGUUGAAGCAGAAGUUGGGCGACUUGAAAAUUCUUUAUCAGGAAACGUUUAGGAUAAAAAAUUGCAAAAUUGAAAACGACGAAACAAAAGUUAAAGAACUGCAUCAAAGAAAUGAUUUGAAUCGGAUGAAGGAAUAUACCACUGUUAACCUUGAAAAUAUUGAAGAGGAGAAGAAAGAAUUCUUGGUAAUAUUAAGCCACAUUAAGCAAGAAAAAGAGGCAGUAAACAUUGCUUUAAGAAAGUUGUUUGCUGUUAAUUUCCGUUCAGAUACUUCAAGUGACGAAGAAUUAACAACUCUUGAGAUAUUUGAAAAGAUUAUUGAGUGCAACAAACAUUUGUGGGAACGUGAAGAAUUUUUACUAAAAGAAAAAGAAGAUCGACUUCUGCAUAUCGUAGAAUUAAAGAAAGAGAACACAAACAUCAACAAGCUUUACCAGAAUGAAUGCAUGGAAACUCAGAUGCUGAGAGAAAAAAAUGAGAAUCUUACAGUUGUAGCUGGGAAAUUACAAAAUGAAUUACAUGACAUUAAUUCUGAAAUGGAGCAAUUUCAAGCCGAAAUAUUCGAAUUAAAAAUUAAUCUAGAAUCAGUAAGACAUGGACGUGAUGAACAUCAAUAUCAGUGUGAAUUACUACGAAGGGAAAAAGAAAAUUUAGAAGAUGACGUGAACUCCAUAGAAGAUGAAAUAGAAGAACUCACAUCAAAACUUAACGAAUCUGUUAAUUACAUAAAUGGUUAUCAUGUAGAGUUUACUGAAGAUAUUGUAGAUGACAGUGGUGUGGCCUCAGAAGAUAAUGUAGAUGACUACGCUGAGGGCUCAGAAAAAAACUUGUUCCAGAUGACUCCAGAUGAUGAACUACUUGACAGUGGUAUUUUUGUCACUGGUCCGCCAACAUCUCUCAAAUUGCCCUCGAUUUCCUCUACCAAAGACGAAACAGCAUGCAACAAAAAGAUGCAUAAUUUACAUAUUGUUGUUGAUAAAAGUUUUGAAACAUUUUUAAAGCUAUGUUCAUCUCUUGGUGUAAGAUUAAAAACCUGCUCUAUCAAAGAAAAGCAGCUUGUCAAAGAAAUGAGUGUGUUAAAGAAAACGUCUCUUGAAAACGAAGAGCUAUUGGGUUCUCUUGAACAGGAAAUUGUGAGUUUGGAGUUAUCGCAAAAAUCAUUGCAACAGCUUUUCUAUGAAAAAGAAAAUGAUUUGAAUGAUUGUUUGAAAAAACUUGAUCAGUCGAAUAAAGAGAGAGAAAUUGAACUUAAUAUCUUGGAAGAAAUAUUACAAAAACUUAACAAAAAGGAAAACAUCUUGAAUGAAGAGCUACCUCAGACAAUAAAUGGAGAUCAACUUGAGCGUUUAUAUUUGUCUGAAAUAAUUGAGCAUCGUAAGAAAAUAUUACUUGAAGAAAGCAAGAAACCUAAUCAUGAUGAUGCUAUACAGAAGCAAAAAAUAUCGAAGCUGUGUAUGAAACUUUCUGAGCUUGAUAAACAAAUUGAUUGCAUCGAGUUAGCAAAUCAGAUGAUGAAAAAUUACUGUUUAGGUCUUGAAGAAACAAUCAAGCAACUUUAUCGGCAAGAGAAGCAAUCCAAAUCCACACUAAACAUAAGAAGAGCUCAAGUUGAAGAUUUGCAAAAGCAAAAGAAAAAUGACAGUAAACGAAUUGGUAGUUUAUCAGGAAAUAUAUUAAAAUGUGAAAACACGAUUCACAUGCUAAAGACAAGUUGUAUAGAGAAGCAAGAGUUGCUUUUAGAAAUUGAUGAAAGAUUUAUGGAGUCGAAAGACCAUGUUAACAAGGCACUAUGUGAACUUUCUCAACUUAAAGAAAAUGAUGUUCGUGCCAGGCUGGAAAUAGGCUUCUUGACCGAUCAGCAAGCAGCACUAAAGGAACAAAUGAAAAACGAUAAAGUAAAUAUUAAACAAAUGUCAAUGGAAUUAAGUGAAAAAGAUGAAAAGCUAAGAAAAAAUGAAACACAACUAAAACUUGUUAAUGAACUUUUAGUUGAAAUGAACAACUGCAAAGAUUGCUUGGAAAUUGAUUUUUGUGAAGUAAAAAAGAAUAACUCUGCCUUGAGGAAAGAUGUUGAAGACUUGAAAAAUGAAAAUAAAUGUCUUAAUGAGAGUUUAAACUUAAAAGAUGAUGAAGUGAGUCAAAAGAACAAAGUAAACAAACAACUUAAUACAACAAACGAAAAAAUGAGAAAGAACAUUGAGCAACACCGUCAUCUACUCUUUGAAGCCACCAAGGAGAAGGAAAACAUUACAUCUGAAGCAAAAGUCGUUUAUAAUUUAGUUGAAGAAUUAAAAAGUAUUGUUGAUCCCAACAGUCCGUCGAAGCAUUUUCAAUUUUCUUCCAAAGAAGGGAUAAAUACAUGUAAUCUCAUCAGAGCGAUACAUAGAAACAUCAAAGAUUUGACACUUGCAUAUCAUAAAUUACUAGAAGAACGUGAUUGUUACAAAAAGAAGAUUGUGAUGCAAGAUUCCAAGUUGGAAGAUACCAAGCAACUUAGAUCAACUAUGGAAAUGGAAAGAAAAACACUUGAUGAUGAAAUUUCUACUCUGUGCAAGAUUGUGGCGAAGACUCGUUUUUGUCAAAGAACAAUGAAAAGCACAAUUGUUGAAACAACAGCUCAAAAAGAGGAAGUUGAAAAGAAAUUAGAAAUCACAACGAAAAAAACGUCUGACUUGGAGAAAGCUUUGCAAGAGCAGAUUAAAUUACAUAAAGAUUGUUCUGUCAUGAAAACAAAAGCAAAGGAAUUGGAAAAGGACAAGGAAAUUUCAGACAAACAAUGUGAGAAAGAAAACAAAAAGGUUUUAUUUCUGUUGGAGAAUAUUAAAGAUUUAAAAAAUGAAGUAAAUAAUGAACAAAGAAACAGAGAACAACUUGAAAAAGAGAUGUCAGAAACAAUUGAUGAUGAAAAAGAGAAAAUAGAAACACUUGAGUUAAAAAUCAAGGAAUUGCAGUCCAAGCUUGAAUUUGACAUGAAUACUUGUGACAGUGCAUUACAACAACUGAAGAGCGAAUUAAGUUUAUCAGAAAGCUUGAGAUCUGAACUGGAAGAAAGAAUCACAAAUUAUGAAAAACAACUGUCGGACACAAGCGAUAAAAACGCAAACUUUCAACGAGAAAUUCAAGUUCAAAAUGAAACAAUAGAGAAGUUUACUACCCAAGAACAAGAGUUUAUCAAUGAAAAAAAUGAACGCAAAGUUGUUGAAGAAAUGACAACUAAAUUAUCAUCUUUGAAGAAUGAAAGCGCGCAAUUGUUGAAAACAAUGAAAGGAAUAAAAACUGAAUUACAUGAAGUAAAGAAAGUAAACAUUGAACUUGACUCCAAGAAAGUGACACUCCAACAAGAAAGGCAUGAUAUCUGUGAGAAACAGAAAAGUUUGAUAGAACGCUGCGAGUUAUUGAAUGAAGAAAAGUCAAAAGUCGAAAAAAUACGAGAUAAACAUGAGAAAGUUAUUGUUGAGUUGGAAAAUGAAAGAACUGAGCUUCUCGCAUCUUGUGAAGAGAUGGAAAGAGUCAAACAACGCAAUAAAAUACUCCACAAAGAGAUAUCAACUCUGGAGGAACAGAAAAAUCUUAGCAAACAUGAAAAUGAGGAGUUAAAAAUCAAGUAUGGUGUAAUUAUGUUAAAAUUUGAUGCAACUAAGGAGAAGUUAGAGACGUUAAAUCAACGUUUUAAUGCACUAAAUGAAGAAAAAACAAAAAUUCAAGAAUCUGUUGAAUUAUACAAGAUAGAGAACGUAAAUUUCGUAGAAAAGCUUGCUUUACUAGAACAGGAAGUUGAAGCUAAGAAUAAAGAAAUGAAACACUUGAAGGAAAAUUUUGCAAAACUUGACGAAGAAAAAAAAGAAAUGCAUGAGAUGGCUUUGAAAAAGGAAGUUCGGUUAUCAGUCUUGGAAACUGAUCUCAAGUCCUACACUGAAUAUUCUAAUCUUCUUGAAAAACGAGUUGCUGAGGAAUCUGACAAAUGUUCUACUCUUCAAUUGAAAAAAGAGAUGCUCGAACGUGAAGUAUGCAAUCUUCAAAAUAAACUUGAUGCAUUUAUUUCUACAAUUGAAGAUUUGAAGUCAUAUUUAAAGGCAAAAGAUGGGGAAAUAGAUGAUGCGAAACAAGCUUUAAAGGAGAAGACUAGAGUAAACGUUCAGUUGAUAGAAAACUUUGCCAAACUAAAGAAUACUUUAGAUGAUUGUUUAAUCAUUAAAAAGAAGAGUGAAGAAAAGUUGGAACGAGCAGGUGAAUUAUUAAAGCAGGAAAAGGCACUGACAAAUAACUUAACAAAGGAAAAAAUGCAGUGAACAAGAUCUUCAGUGCAAAAUUACAAAGUUAAAUGAAAGAAUGAACUAUUUUACAUGUGAGUUGGCGACUUCUACAACUAGAGAAACUUUGUAUAAACAAAAAAUUGGCUCUAUGGAAAUAACAUUGGAUAAAAUAGAAAACGAGUCAAAGAUAAAUGUUGUUACGAAUAAUGAUAAUAAUGAAAGAAAAACAGGACUACUCAACGAUAUGAAAAUAGUCGAGG